AUGCUCGAAUCCGCUCAGAUUCGCGAGGUACUAAACACCGAUAUCAGAACCCCUAUCCCCGAGGACCUGGUAUCCAAGAUCAUAUCCCUACCACCAUUCAUUCCUAUACCAGGGGUUUCCAACUUCCGAGACCUAAGUCAUGACAACAACAAGCUGCGCCCGGGAUAUGUGUAUCGGUCCGGGAACAUGUCGGACAUUCUGCCAUCAGGGAAAGCCAUCAUCGCAGGAGAACUAGGAAUCACGACGAUCUUCGACUUGCGCAAUGAGAGCGAGCGAGAAAAGGCCCCUGCUCCGUCUAUCCCUGGUGUGGACACGAUAUGGCUGCCAUACGGAGCGCGACCGGCCACUCUGAACCUCCGCGACUUCGCGGGCGAAGAUAAAGGCUCUGCUGGGUUCGUGAAGAUGUACAUGGGCAUUCUCGAAGCGGCAGCCCCAUGUUUCGCCGAGAUAUUCAAGCAUAUCAGAGAUAACCCGGAUGAUCCGUUUAUUUUUCACUGUUCUGCCGGCAAAGAUCGCACAGGCGUCUUGGCCGCACUCAUUCUCCUACUUAUCGGUCGUCCCCACGAUGAGAUCAUCAACGAUUAUAUUCUCACUCGAGUCGGACUCGAGAGCGCCCGGGAGAACCUCAUGGGGGCAAUGGCCGUCAAUUCGGGAGACGAUGGGCUCGACGUCAGCCAGUUGACCCCUGAGGCACUGGGCAUGCUUGAACUGUGUGGUGUACGAGCUACUGCCAUGAAGGCAUUCUUGAAAACCUUCGAGGAUACCUAUGAGAACGGCGUUGAGGGCUAUCUCACUGACAAACUUGGGUUCUCGUCAAGUCAGAUAUCGACCAUGCGGAAGAACCUCAUGUCCUCGUAA